AAUUAAUUUUAACACAACCAAAAUAGUAAACUGAGUGAGAAGGAACGUAUAGUUAUUCCAAACAAAAUUGAAAGUGCAGUGCAGAAAGAACGGGUAUCAUAUCAUCAUCGGUGUGCCAAUAUGAGUUUUCUUUUCGGCAGUAGAAAAACUCCCGCCGAGCUUUUGAGGGAAAAUAAAAGGAUGCUAGAUAAGUCUAUUCGAGAAAUUGAAAGAGAAAGACAAGGCUUGCAGUCUCAAGAAAAGAAAUUGAUUGCAGAGAUUAAGAAGAGUGCCAAACAAGGCCAAAUGGGUGCUGUGAGGGUUAUGGCGAAAGAUCUUAUCAGAACUCGUCAUCAGAUUGACAAGUUCUACAAGCUUAAAUCGCAACUUCAGGGUGUUUCUUUGAGAAUUCAGACGCUUAAAUCUACUCAAGCGAUGGGGGAAGCUAUGAAAGGAGUGACUAAAGCGAUGGGUCAAAUGAAUAGGCAGAUGAAUAUGCCUUCAUUACAGAAGAUAAUGCAAGAGUUCGAAAUGCAGAAUGAGAAGAUGGAAAUGGUUUCUGAGGUGAUGGGAGAUUCAAUUGACGAUGCUUUAGAAGGCGAUGAAGAAGAGGAAGAGACCGAUGAUCUUGUGAAUCAGGUUCUUGAUGAGAUUGGAAUCGAUAUCAACUCUGAGCUUGUGAAUACACCCGCAUCAACCUCAAUCGCUGCACCAGCGGCAAAGAACAAGGUUGCUCAGGCUGAACCAUCCGGCAAUGACGAUGGUGGAAUAGACGAUGAUCUACAGGCUAGGUUAGAUAACCUGAGAAAAAUGUGAUAUCUGUACGAGUAUUUGGAUAAGUGGUUCAAAGAAGCAUGAAAAUAAUGAUUAUAGAUAAAAUCAGGAUAUCGUUUUAGUCACAUUUGUAUUUUUUUCUGGUUCGGAGCUACCUUAUUUAUGUAAAGAGUAAAGCUAAAUGUUACACUCUUGAAUAUAAAUUGAAGGAAAGUUUUAAUUUGCCACUGCACAAUUUCUAUGAUCCAAAAGAAACAAACACCUGAUCAUAAAUCUUCGAAACAUAUACGAGGAACAAUGAAAA